UGUAAGCUGGCAUUCCACUAACUCCCGCACACACCCCCACGCCAGUGUAAGUCAAGAGCAGAGUGUGCGACAAAGACAAAUCAGGCCGGAUCAAACUACCCAGAGUGACCUCUUCCUUUCAGAAGAUACAGGUAGAACCCAAGACACGCUGAGCACCGCUGGAAUUCUCAUUUCAGCCAUCAUGUCACAGUUCAGCACUCUUUCAGUGCGUGAGAGGAAGAUGCAGGCAGCAGCCCUUUGCCAUGAGGUCCAUGGCGGUGCCAACGGUGUUACUAUGGACCUGGGGAAGAAACUUUCCACUCCCAAAGACAUCAUGCUGGAGGAACUCUCUCUCCUGUCGAACCGAGGAUCUCGCCUUUUUAAGAUGCGGCAGCGGAGAUCAGACAAAUACACGUUUGAAAGUAUACAGAAUGAAGCCAACGCUAUUUUUCAUAAUGAUGAUCUUGCCAAUGCUGAAAACUCCACAGGUAAAGGAGGUGCGUCAAAAACACCACCAAACACACCAGAUCCCCGAAACCCUGCGAAUCCUGAGGACAUUGCACCUGGAUAUGGAGGCCCCUUGACAAACAUACCUCCAGAGAAGUUCAAUGCCACAGCCACGCCCAAAUCCUACCACUCGCCCUGGGAACAGGCCAUCAUCAAUGAUCCUACACUUGCCGAGUCACUCAAAAUGCACAUGCCUGCGCUCGAGCCUAAAGCAGAGAUGCCUGACUACAAAAGCUUUAAUAGGGUGGCUACUCCAUUUGGUGGUUUUGAAAAAGCCCCACGAGGGAUCACUUUUAAGCUUCCAGAGGUGGACUUGAAUGCCCACAGAUACCCAGAGCUCCAGGAUCAUUCAGCCAAGCGGCCCACUUUCAACAGGACCGCCCAGGGCUGGAUCUCAGAAGGCCUGCCUCUUAUUUUACCCACUGUCUCUCUGGAGCCUUUCGAGAUCCCUGAGUCUGAAGAUCUGUAACAGGGAUUCCACACCUUCCUUUCCCCUAAUCCCAAACUGCCUGAUUGUGGUAGAGGGUAUGGUAGUUGUCAUCUAAAGCUACUGAUUGUAGAACAGCUUUGUGUUUUAUUUCUUUUCUUUGUAUGUUAAACUAAAUUUGUGACUGCUGAUCUUGGAACAGCCCUUUCCACAUAUCAUUUUAGAGUGGAUGCCUCUGAGGAUCAGAAAUUAAAGGGGCAGUUCACCCAAAAAUGUAAAUUCUCUCAUCAUUUAUUCACCCUCAUGCCAUCCCAGAUGUGUGUGACUUUCUUUCUGCAGAACACUAAUGAAGAUUUUUAGAAGAAUAUUUCAGCUCUGUAGGUUCAUACAAUGCAAGUGAAUGGUGACCAGAACUUUGAAGCUCCAAGAAUCACAUAAAGUCAGCAUAAAAGUAAUCCAUAAGUCUCCAGUGGUUUAAUCCAUGUCUUCAGAAGUGAUACGAUAGGUGUGGGUGAGAAACAGAUCAAUAUUUAAGUCCUUUAUUUACUAUAAAUCUCCACUUUCACUUUCACAUUCUUCUUCUUGUGUUUUUGACAAUUCACAUCUUCGUGCAUGUCACCACCAACUGGGCAGGGAGGAGAAUUUAAUAUUAAAUAUUGACACCUACUGUAUCAUAUAACUUCUGAAGAUGUGAUUUAACCACUGGAUUACUUUUAUGCUGCCUUUAUGUGCAUUUUGGAGCUUCAAAAUUUUGGCACCCAUUCACUUGCAUUGUAUGAAGCUACAGAGCUGAAAUAUUCUUCUAAAAAUCUUCAUUUGUGUUCUGUUGAAGAAAGAAAGUCACACAUCUGAGAUAGCAUGAGGGCGAGUAAAUGAUGAGAAAAUAUUAAUUUAUGGGUGAACUGUCCCUUUAAGGAUCAAGCGAGUAUGUGAGGCAGCAUUCAUAAUCAUCAUCAGAAUUAAUAAAAACAUUGCAUUGCAACUGAUAGGCAAAAUAGUUCUGUUUAAGAAUAUCGCCAAACAAUCAUGACAACUUUAUGUUUAAUAAUUAAAUAAUUCUUUAAUAUUUUAAGUAACAGACUUUGAUGAACAUCAAAAGCAAAAGCGUAAAUUAAUUAUGAAUAUGCAACCUUUAUUAAUAACGUAUUUAUUUUUGUCCUAGACUCUAACCGUACAAUAUUUGCAACAUGCAUCUAAACCAAUAAGCAUAUAGAGAGUAUAAGUAUAUACUGUAGGUGUGUGUGUGUGUGUGUUUUAUUUUAUUAAUUAUUUUGAGUGCAAUGACUUAAUCUAGUGAUGAUUCAGGGUGUGGCAGAGGUUUAUUUUAUGCAUGGUCAUACUGUGAAACAUAACCAGUUUCUGAACAUUGUCUUGAACAACGUUCAAUAAUAUGUUCAGUACAGCAUCAAAUAAUAUUGAGGUUAUAAUUCUUUACUUUGUGAUGAAACAAUGUUGUGCUCUUCACUACGGUUAAGGCUCCAUCACAAAAACUCACUAUCUUUUAGAUAUUUACAGUCAAACCUGAAAUCAAAUUUAUAAGGAUGGAUCAAACGGUGGAAACAGACAUGUAAAUAUAACUUGAUGAGUGCCUGAACAUCCUGUUUGUACUGUAAAAAUCCCUACGUUUAUUUGUAUUCUUCCUCUUUUGGCGAAUGUUUCAGAUUAUAUUCAUAUUGUUUGAACCUUUCAUUUAAUUGUACUCGCAAUAAGUAGUGUACCACCAACACUGUGCAAUAAAAUGCAUAUGAAUGUCA